AUGAGCCGCCUGGUGGCGCCGGGACUGUCCAUCCCAUCCCUGGCAGGUCCCAGGGUUGGUGGCUGUGCCAGUGGGGGUCCGGGGUUGGCACGACCUGGCCUGGCACCACCAGCGGCAGGGCGGCGGCCGCCAGGGCUGGGGUUGGCAGGGCCGGGGCCGGCAGGGCCAGGGCCAGCGCUGGGGCCUGGAUGGCACGCGCCAGUGAGCCCCAGUGAAUCCAGUGAUGAGACGAAGGAAGACACUUUCCAUGAGUAUCCCAGCUGGAAGCCCCGAAGCUCCCGUGCUGACAGCGACUCCGACGUGGUGCUCCUGGUGCCGAAGCCCGCGGAUUCUGUGCCGCCUUCAGGGCCCCGCCCAGGCCGUGCUGGGGACGGCCUUGGUGGGGCCCUGUCCACCUUCGGAGCCCCAGCGGAGUGGUGGCACGACUCCAUCAUCCUAGGCCGCUUGAGUGCCCUGGCGCUGCGCUACUUUGCCUCUAGGGCCACGCUCAAACCCUGGAGGGCGUGGCUCCAACAUGUCCAACGUGCUCGAGAAAAGCAUGGCUUUUACAUUCGCAGCCAAAAGCAAUUGGCCCUUCGUACCUGGCAUCGGAAUUCCGUGCGCCAUGGCCGGCGGAUGCAGAACAAGUUGCCACUCAUUUUAGCCUUGCAGAAGGUCGUGCAGUCCAAUCUGCAGCCGGCAUGGAGGCGUUAUCGCCAGGCUGUCUUCUUGCAGCGGGAUGUGGAUCGGAGGUUGAGAUUGCUUCACAUUAUCCGCUGGAAGAUGAUGAACACCAUGGCGCAGGUUCACUACUGUCAAACGCUGCAACGCUUGGGAUUGGCUGGCUUGUGGUUGGCGUCCAAGAGCAAGGACGUUGCAUCACGCUCUCCAUCUCCAGCCAACUCGCCAGAGGUUGGGUGGAGCUCGGCCAAGAGCCAUGUCCAGCAGGUCGUGAGCCGAGCGUGGCGGAAAUGGUGGUUUGCAACACGCAUGUGGCUGACCUCUGCACAGUUCCGGGAGCGCGCGCUUGAGGCCUGGCUUGCCGGUGAAUGCUCCACCCCACGGUCCAUGGUGGUGGCAGAGGCCUUCGAGGGCGAGGACGCUGGACCCAUGGCUUUGGACCCGGUGGCCACACCCAUGUCGACGCUGUUUCCCAGGGAUCUUCCAGUGAGCACCAGACUCUCUCAGUUUUCGCUGGAAGGCAUCUCUAAGUCGCAUGCCGACUUCCAGGCACCAGUGGUGUUGCAACAUGCGGUGGAGGACUCUGGAUUCACUGCAUCCCUGCCGCGGGUUCGUGCCCCCCGACAGAAGUCUCGCCCAUGGAACCGAAACGAGGAGGUGUCCACCGGGGCUUUCCAGUCAUUUGGCAGGUCACGAUCAUACUCGGGCCGCAAGGCCUUUGAUCAACAUCUCGGCGCUGAUGUUCAGUGUCCGAGCAGGCACGACUCAGUGGUCUCCGAUGAGGAGGUCGCCUUUGUCAAUGAUGUGGGGCUGUCAACGGACAGCACUGGGAGGGACUCCAAAAUUGGACUUCUGCCACGCAGUGAUCGAGGAAGUCCGAUGCCUGAUUCGCCUGGUAACAACUACUGGGCGAUGCGCCGCAGCAUUUCAAGACCUUCGGUCCUGAAAACACGCUGCCGGUGA